AUGCCCGCCAGCAUGUUCAGCAUCGACAACAUCCUGGCCGCCCGGCCGCGCUGCAAGGACUCGGUGCUGCCGGUGGCGCCUAGCGCCGCGGCUCCCGUCGUCUUCCCGGCCCUGCACGGGGACUCGCUCUACGGCGCUGGCGGCGGCGCCUCCUCGGACUAUGGCGCCUUCUACCCGCGCCCCGUGGCCCCCGGUGGCGCAGGCCUCCCGGCCGCGGUCGGCGGCUCCCGCCUGGGCUACAGCAACUACUUCUACGGGCAGCUGCACGUGCAGGCGGCACCCGUGGGCCCGGCCUGCUGCGGGGCCGUGCCGCCGCUGGGCGCCCAGCAGUGCUCCUGCGUCCCGACGCCCCCAGGCUACGAGGGCCCCGGCUCGGUGCUGGUGUCCCCUGUGCCGCACCAGAUGCUGCCCUACAUGAACGUGGGCACCCUGUCGCGCACGGAGCUGCAGCUCCUCAACCAGCUGCACUGCCGGCGGAAGCGGCGACACCGCACCAUCUUCACCGACGAGCAGCUCGAAGCUCUGGAGAACCUCUUCCAGGAGACCAAAUACCCAGACGUGGGUACCCGCGAGCAGCUGGCCCGGAAGGUGCACCUCCGCGAGGAGAAAGUGGAGGUCUGGUUUAAAAAUCGUCGCGCCAAAUGGAGGCGGCAGAAGCGGUCCUCGUCGGAGGAGUCGGAAAACGCCGAGAAGUGGAACAAGACGUCGUCGAAGGCGUCGCCGGAGAAGAGGGAAGAGGAAGGUAAAAGCGAUUUGGACUCGGACAGCUGACGGCUGCGGGCCGGCCGUGGCCCUUGCCUAACUCGAAGGACUUGCACACCCAGACGAUGCUACUUUCUUGCACACGCGCUGCCUUGCGGGAGGGAGGUCGAGAAAGAGGAACGAGGAGCUGUAAAUA